GUGGCCAUGGACCAACAACGGGGGAGAUCUCCCUCUGCGGGGCAUCAACAGCCUCACUUAAAUCAGAGCCAUUCCCCGUCGCCCCAUUUUCAAGCGGAAUCCAAUUCGAUCGGACUUGGACUCGGUCUUGACAGCCAAGGCAGCAACAACAACAACCAAUUUCUAAAUAACAACUUCAAUCCCAGCAACGGUCUUCCAUCAUUCAACGAGAAUACCGAAUUUCAAGAACAAUCGUCACCCUACGAUCUACCGCAGAGGAGCUUUACACAAGAGCUCCUCGAUCCGAACCUGACUACAAACUUUAAUCAGGGUGAUUUCCCCUUAUUUUCAACGCCCGGCGAUCAGAACAACCAAUACGAUCCUUCGUUCUUUAUGAACGAGCUUCCGGCACAAACCAACAAUCAGGCGGUUCAGCCUUCUCAGCUCGACAUGAAUUCUCCUCAGAAUCACACACCGACUCCACCGAGUCUCCUACAGCCAGACUCCCGCUCCCCUGCAUCAUCACACAAUUCCCCAAAUUUCAACCAGGGCCAGUUUCAAUCUCCCCCAAACCAUUCGCGGAAUGCUUCCUUAGGUCCAGAGAGCGCUGCUUACCCUCAAGGGCAAAACCAAGUGGAAUGGGGUAUGAUGCCUCCACAGUUCCAGGGCCACCGAAGAACGCCAUCCGAGUACUCUGAUGUAUCAGUUUCUUCCGCUGCUCAUUCUCCAAACCUGGGGCACCAUGAUGCUUUUGAAUCAAUAGAACACCAGCAUUCUCCAAUGCAGCAUCCCCAGGAUUCCAGCCUCUAUAACGAAGUUCUUGGUAUCGGAUCGUUUUCUCUCUCUGAUGCGCAGAUUCAACAUUCAGCAAGUCCACGACGAGGCCUGAGCCCUGCACAUAGUCCAGCCAUCUCGCCGAGACUCGGCCCUCAACAACUGCCAAGUGUGCAGCAGCCGAAUUUCAUGCUUAAUGUAGACAACGGUUUUGGCGCUCAGCAGAACAUUUAUGGUGCUUCAAACCAGGAUUCUUUCAACCAGAUGGAUAUGGGACAAGCCCAGCAGAUGGUCCCACCAGUAAUAAAUGUUGACUUUGCGCCAAACUCAAGACAGAGCAGUUUUGAACCUCCGAAACCUUCAGCCUUUGAUUCAGAUGCUUUGACUCCUCCUGAAAGAGGCCGUGGUGUUCCUCGCCGGCGAGCUGUCUCAGAUCCCUAUAACAGUGGAUCCAAUGCUUCACGACCCCACACCCCCUCAAGCAUGUCUCCUGGUUUGGGGUCUGAGCUUGUAGGCAGAUCGCCUUCUCCCGCCCGCUCCUUAUCUCCACAUGAUCGAUCAGGGGCAAGCUCUCCUAACAGACAACAACGUCGCCACUCGGCUUCGCCGCUUCCAAAUCGAGACUACAUUCUUGGUCUCGCUGAUCCUGACUACCAAGCCGCAACUUCUGAAAGUGGUGACCGAAAACGUGUGCAGAAACACCCUGCUACCUUCCAAUGCACACUCUGCCCGAAACGUUUUACGCGUGCUUACAACCUGCGCUCUCAUCUGCGUACUCACACUGAUGAGCGCCCGUUUGUAUGCACAGUAUGCGGCAAGGCAUUUGCCCGUCAACACGACCGGAAACGUCACGAGGGUCUCCAUUCGGGCGAGAAGAAGUUUGUUUGCAAAGGAGAACUUAAACAAGGUGGCCAAUGGGGCUGUGGCCGCCGUUUUGCUCGAGCUGAUGCACUCGGCCGCCAUUUCCGUUCUGAGGCCGGACGCAUUUGCAUUAAACCUCUUCUCGAUGAAGAAGCCAUCGAACGACAACGGUUGUGGAAUGAGCAACGGAUGCAAAACAUGCACAAUAUGCAAGCACCUCAACCAAUUACUGUUGACGCAAACGGCUUCCCGAUGGAUGCAAGUGGGAAUUACACACUUCCUGCAGCAUUGCUGGCUCAGUAUCCUGCUCUUGCAACAUUGAGCUGGUCAGAAUUGCCACAAGGAGAUGUCGGUCUAGAGGACGAUCCAAGUGGAAGAAGCAGCUUUGAUGCGAGCGGAUCGGAAUAUUACGACGAAGGCAAUGAUGAUGGCUACCUCUCAAGUGGUCCCGGACCACAAGGGUACGGACAGCCACAACAGAUGCAUGAUGCAUAUAACGGCUACUCGAGUGACAUUGGCGGACGAUAACGAGCAUUAAAACAAUCUUUGGUGCGGCUGUUUACGUCUAACGAAUCUCUUCAUGUGUAGAAUUGGACUUCAUCUUGGGUCAUUCUGGGCGCAAUUAGAUACCACACUCUGCUUGACUCAUGGUUGCAUUGAG